CGCCGCCGCCGCCGCCGCGACUGCUCUCCCUUCUCCACUGCGCGCUUGGAGCUGCGAGAGAAGUGAGAGGAGGCGGCGCUGUGCAUGCUGGGCUCAGAUCAUGGUGGGGCUUGGCAAUAGGAAGCCAGGCAGGAAGGACUCGAACUAGCGUGCGGCGGCGGCGGGCAACCCAGCGCGAGACUGAGGGCUGCGGGUCGUGUGAGCCCGAUCGCCCGGCCAGAUUGGAGCUGGAGUAAAGGUGGAGACAAAGUCCCGUAGGCAGAGGCGGGACGGGGCUGUGAGGGAGGCGGAACCGGGGGAGGGGGUCAUUUGGAGCCGCGCGCUACGCCCCCCUCCCCCGUCCUCGCCUCCCCCUUCUGCUGAUCUGACUGAAGGAGAAGAAAAAAAGGAGAGGAGCAGGGAAUCCCCGCUUCUUGCAAAGGGAGGCGCCGGUUUGGUUGUUGGUGCUGGUGUUGGAGGCAAAGCAAGGGAACAGGAACAUAUUUCGGCAGCGCCGACACCUCCAGGAGCAGCCGCCGCCUCCCCAUUGCCGGGAGAUGGUGGUAUAUGAAGCGCGCUGGAAGGACCAUGGUUGAAAGGAACAGCAAGUUCCUGCUGAUCGUGGCGGGCUCGGUGUGCUUCAUGCUCAUCCUGUACCAGUAUGUGGGGCCGGGGCUGAGUCUGGGCUCGCCGAGCGGCCGCUCGUAUCAGGAUGAGCUGGACCUCUUCCCCACUCCGGACCCGCACUACGUCAAGAAGUACUACUUCCCCGUGCGGGAGUUGGAGCGCCAGCUGGCCUUCGACAUGAAGGGAGACGACGUGAUCGUCUUCCUGCACAUCCAGAAGACGGGCGGCACCACCUUCGGCCGCCACCUGGUGCAGAACGUGCGCCUCGAGGUGCCCUGCGACUGCCGGCCCGGGCAGAAGAAGUGCACCUGCUACCGGCCCAACCGCCGGGAGACCUGGCUCUUCUCGCGCUUCUCCACGGGCUGGAGCUGCGGGCUGCACGCCGACUGGACCGAGCUCACCAACUGCGUGCCCGGCGUCUUGGACAAGCGAGAGAGCGCCGCGGCCAAACCUCCCAGAAAAUUUUAUUACAUCACUCUGCUGAGGGAUCCUGUGUCCCGUUACCUCAGUGAAUGGAGGCAUGUCCAACGAGGAGCUACCUGGAAAACGUCCUUGCAUAUGUGUGAUGGCCGGACACCAACCCCUGAAGAGCUGCCAGCAUGCUAUGAAGGCACUGACUGGUCAGGCUGUACUCUUCAGGAGUUCAUGGAUUGCCCAUAUAACUUAGCUAACAAUCGCCAAGUGAGGAUGUUGGCUGAUCUGAGCUUGGUAGGCUGCUAUAAUAUGUCCUUCAUACCAGAAAACAAGCGAGCACAGAUACUGCUGGAAAGUGCCAAGAAAAAUCUCAGAGACAUGGCCUUUUUUGGUUUGACGGAAUUCCAGAGAAAAACACAGUAUUUGUUUGAGAGAACUUUCAAUCUGAAAUUCAUCAGGCCAUUCAUGCAGUAUAAUAGCACAAGAGCAGGUGGAGUGGAGGUGGACAGCAAGACCAUACGGAGGAUUGAAGAACUUAAUGACUUGGACAUGCAGCUGUACGACUAUGCAAAAGACCUCUUCCAACAGCGAUAUCAGUACAAGAGGCAGCUGGAGAGGAUGGAGCAGAGAAUAAAGAAUCGGGAAGAAAGGCUUCUUCACCGAUCAAAUGAAGCAUUUCCCAGGGAAGAGACCGAAGAACAAGGACGGUUGCCUACAGAGGACUACAUGAGCCAUAUUAUAGAGAAGUGGUAGCAUUGAAAGAAUUUUAUACGGAGAACAAGAUAUUAGUGUUUCCAUUAUAAAAGAACAUGGAAUUUAAAAAAAACUUAUUUAAAACCGUCUGUAAAACAGAAAGUAGAAUGCUUCUUUAAACAAAGGGUCUUUUUACUGUUUCUUAUAAGACCAAUGGGGUUCUUAAUAAAACGAAAUAAAAUAAUAAAAAAGUCCUAGUGAGCUCAGAGUUUAAAAUGCACAAGUGUAGUCCCCUAGAUCUGAGGCCAAAUAUCACAUCAUGUUUCAUCUCCUAGAUGCGGAUCUAGACGUCAUAGAUAGCAGCUUUGUCACCACCCUCCUCCUUCAGCAAUGGCAAAUGAGCUUCAAAAGAACCAAUGUUUUCCUCCCCUGUCUAUGUGAGAUGGUCAGUGGUGAAUGUCAUAAUAAUGGCAGUGAACCUGCCAGACAAUGACUUGAUCUCAGAUUCAGCUGCUUGACUUCAGAUUGAAAUCAUGGCUAAAACAAAGGCAGAAUAAAACCACAGUAGUCAAACUAAAAGGAAAUUAAAAAGCAGAGAAUAAGAAACAUUCAAGCAAACAGAUUACAGCCUGGACUGCAAAUUGGGGACUGAAGUUUGCAUUACAUGGCACUGGUGUUUUGCAUGUAUACACUCACACUCAUACAUUCUACAUUAUCAAAACAAAUGGUGAAUCUGUCCAUACAUUUUCUUAGCCUUUGUUAAAGAAACAGUUAAAUCCCAUGUAAAAUCAAUUGUAAGUGAUUUCAUCACAAAGUGAUAAGAAAUCUUUUCCCAAACAAAGACUGGCCGUGUACCACUCCAACAAAUUUAAAAGAAUAUGAUCAACUGAGGCCAACAUAUCCCAUACAAACUCUAAAUUAUCAUUUGGUUAUUCUUCUGCUCAUGCUGGAAAACAUUCUUUCCUUCUGGUUGGAUGUUGAUUUAAUAAGACACAGUUAUUAUUCAAAGUGAUUAUUCAUUAUUUGGCAUUACAUAUUGUCCAUUACUAUAUCGUGAGUGCUAUACAAUAAAAAUUAGAUCAUUUUAA